AUGCGAGGCGGAGGACAGGAGGCAGCAGGGGUUGCUUUGCGAGGGAGUGUGAGCCAUGCGGUAGUAAGCGAUGAGGCAGAAGGAGGAGAAGGAGGAGAAGGAGGCGGAGGAGAUUUCAUUUCAUGGGAGAUCAGCGAGAGUCUCCGCGAGCUUCAGCGCGCGAGGAGCGCGAGGGUGAAGGAGGCGGCGAGGAGCGAUAAGGACGAGCAUGUCCUCCGCGUCAUCACGUUGGAGGGGCAGGAGCUCGACAUAUCGGUUUCUGAAGACGGCUUCCUCCUCCAGCGUACCAGCGGAGACGACCACUUCCUUGGCAAGCACUUCGAGUCCCUGCACGCACUGCUCCACACUGUUAGCAGCGGGUACAAGCGCUCGUUCCAGCAGGACCUCUUGCAGCAGCUGCAGGAUCUCGAGAAAGGGGGCAAGUAG